UACGUCACGAUAACAUAGAUCAGGUCACGACGCAAAAUAAAGCUGAAUAGUUCUUUUAACCGAAGUAUUUUAAAGAAAAUAUAGUCUUUUAGUCUAAAUAUAGUCCUUAUAGUCUAGAAAAGAAAGUCUUUUGUCCAACGUCCAUGUUGGCGCUGCUUUACUGCAUGACGUCGCGCUUCAACCAUCCAAUCACAGGGCAUGUUUCGUUGUUUUCUUCUCUAGGUGACUGCGGUGCGGCAUAAGGACCACAAACUUCUAACGUUACCUCAACAGCUGAAGAUCUACACCACAGGUAAGUGAUGUCGGACGGGCUUGUACUCGGUGGUAAUGGAAACUUCAGCUCUCUCUGCCCACAUGGGAUCGAGUGGAUUUGGUAUGGACUUGGGGAAUGUGCCCAGGAUGCCAGGGACGUUGCCAGUGUAGUUCUGGGACUGCUGUCAAUAGUUUGCUUCAUGGUGUCCUCACUACCGCAAUACUACAAUUCCUGCAAGACAGGGAAUAUGGACAGCGCUCUGUCUGUUUGGUUUCUGUUAUUAUGGCUGGCAGGUGACUCGUGUAAUCUUAUUGGAUCGUUCUUAGCCGAUCAACUUCCACUACAGAAAUACACUGCAGUGUACUACGUCCUGGCAGACUUGCUAAUGCUGUUCAUGUACAUGUAUUAUAAAAUAAAGAAUAAAGCAUCUAGGGACGGUAACAGUGCAUUGCUAAAUGCUGUCAGUAUGCUGUGUCUUCUGGGAAUUACAUCUUCCCUCCUUAGCCUCCCUCGCUCUGCCCUAGAGGAUCAGAUUCCCGCAGGGUUCAGGGGUCGGGCACUGCUGGCCGUGGAGGGGGACAGCGGUUCGGUAAAGCCCUUCUCAACAAAGGAGAUUAUAGGCUUUAUCAUCGGCUCUUUAUCGUCAGUACUCUAUUUAUGCUCCAGAUUGCCACAGAUGUACACUAAUUAUCUAAGGAAGUCAACAGAGGGCGUAUCUUAUUUCCUGUUUGCUCUGGUAAUUCUGGGAAACACAACAUAUGGCAUCAGUGUGAUACUGAAGAAUCCAGAUCCUGGGCAGGGAGAGACCAGCUACCUCCUGCACCACCUCCCCUGGCUCAUCGGCAGCCUGGGAACGCUCUCACUGGACCUUCUCAUAUCCGUGCAGUUUGUGAUGUACAGAAAAGCUCCUCCUCGUGUUUCUGCAGAUGGAGAUGAAGAGACUGCAGCACUCCUCCAAAACUGAACUAUUCACAUUCCUGCUGUGAUUGGAUGAAAUGCUGGAGAUGUUUUUUGAGCAUUUCCACAGCCACAGCUGACAGACUUUUUACCAAUGCAUGCAAUCAUGUACAUUUUCUUUUGUACAGUAGAUUAACCGUUGCGUUUGGCAGCUCUUGCAGUUUACUGAGAAAGAACUGUGGCAAUGAGCUGCCGUCAAUCUGUACUGUAAUAGCUGUUUUCAUGUAAUUAUUAUAGAAAUGUUUUGCUAUCGUAAAGAUGUUUUUUAAUCUUUAUACUGUUGCCUUUGAUUUGAUUUUGCACUGCACCUUUCAGUCACUUGGUAACUUCUUUUAUUGAAGUUCUUAUUUUUAAGGAUUGUUUGAAUUUGUCAAUUUUGUUGUUGUUCUCUAUCACAGUACAACAUUCACUAAAGAUUUAUGUAUUUCUGAGGCCAAA